AAGAGGAAAACGAAAGUAAAGUCACAUCACUGUGAACAACAUCAACAGAGAUACCAAAUAAACAUGUUGCUUUCUGGAUUUGAUCCUUGCGAUGUUCCAGAAAACAUUCACAAUGAUAACCAAAUCUAACACUCGCGGUCAUUUAUGAAUAUUUAAUCCACAAUUCAUCGAUCAGCAAGAGAUUUUGAGAACGACUCGCGCUGACAGACAACAAGAGAAGGAGGAAAAAGAGGACGUUUAUAUAAAAUACUUAUAAAUUCUCUUCGUAGUGGACAAGACUUCAAGAAAGUCCUGCUGAACGAUUGAUUGUUUUCUCAAACCAGUGCUGAUCAGAGGAGCGAGGAAAGGACUCUCUCUCUAAGAUGAGUCUCUCAGAGAAACACAGUGUAAGAUCAGGAUCACAUGUGUCCAGCUUUGUGUCUCUGAAGAGUGAUCAGUCAAAAGGACAAGUACCAGACUUCAGUGGGGAAAAACCAUCAUCUAAUAAAAGUGUAAGAUCAGGAUCACAUGUGUCCAGCUCUGUGUCUCUGAAGAGUGAUCGGUCAAAAGGACAAGUACCAGACUUCAGUGGGGAAAAACCAUCAUCUAAUAAAAGGCUUCAAUAUGAGACAUUAGACUCAGACGUUCAGACUCACAGGAACCACAAGAAUUUCAAAGACAAUCUCCUGUGGAUCUUCCAGGAUCUUGAGAGCAAAAUAAUCACAUUUCUGAAGAAAGAGCUGGAAAAGUUUAAGAAAAUAUUACAACAUGAGAACACAGAAAACUUUGUGAAGGACUUUAAUGAGAAUAGAUGCAGUAUCAAAGCAGCAGCUCUUGAUCUCACACUACAUUACCUGAGAGAGAUGAAGCAAGAUGAAGCUGCUGAUGCUCUAGAAGAUGAGCUGCUCUUCAUUCAUCAGCUAAAAUAUGGCCUAAAGAAGAAGUAUCAAUGUGUGUUUGAAGGAAUUGCGAAGCAUGGUGACUCCAUACUUCUGAAUAACAUCUACACAGAUCUCUAUAUCACUCAGGGUGGCAGUGAACAGGUCAAUACUGAACAUGAGGUCAGACAGAUUGAAGUUGCUUCCAGGCGUCAUGAAUCUCAAGAGAUUCAGGUUAAAUGCACAAAUUUGUUUGAAGCUCCUGAACAAGACGAGGAGAUCCGAACUGUACUGACAAAAGGAGUCGCUGGCAUCGGAAAAUCAGUCUCUGUGCAAAAGUUUGUUCUGGACUGGGCUGAAGGAAAAGAAAAUCAAGAUAUCAGUUUCAUAUUUCCUCUUCCAUUCAGAGAGAUGAACUUAAAGGAGAAAGAAAAACUAAGUUUGAUGGACCUUAUAACUCAUUUUUUCCCAGAGACAAAAGGACUGAACCUUACAAGAAGGAAUCAAUUCAAAGUCCUGUUCAUCCUUGAUGGAUUGGACGAAUGUCGCCUUCCUCUGAAGUUUGAUUGUAAUGAGACGUGGUGUGAUGUAUCGUCACCAGCCUCUCUGGAUGUUCUCCUAACGAACCUCAUGAAGGGAAAUCUGCUUCCUUCUGCUCUCAUCUGGAUCACCACCAGACCAGCAGCUGCCAGUAAGAUUCCUCCUGACUGUAUCGACCGGCUGACAGAGAUACGAGGAUUCAGUGACGCACAAAAGGAAGAGUACUUCAAAAAAAGAUUCACGGAUCAGAAUCAGGCCAUCACAAUCAUUGAUCAUGUUAAAAAAUCAAAGAGUCUCUUUAUCAUGUGCCACAUCCCAGUCUUCUGCUGGAUUUCAGCCACUGUUCUCCAGAACAUUCUGGAGGAGAAAAGAAAUAAUGAUGUGAAAAACAAUCAGGCUGAUGAGAUCUCUAAAACACUACAGGAAUCAAAUACUGAAGACACUCCCAAGACUCUGACACAAAUGUACACACACUUUCUCCGCUUUCAGAUCCAGCAGAGCCACCGAAAAUAUGAUGGAGAAUACAGAUCAGAUGUUUCCUGGGAUAAAGACGCCAUCCUUUCACUGGGGAAACUGGCAUUUCAUCAGCUGGAAAGAAACAACGUGAUCUUCUAUGACACAGACCUGGAAGCCUGUGGUAUUGACGUCUAUAAGGCAUCAGUGUACUCAGGCAUGUGUACCCAGAUCUUUAAGGAGGAAACAGGGAUCAUUCUUGGUACCAUUUACUGCUUUGUUCACUUGAGCAUUCAAGAGUUUAUUGCAGCCCUUUAUGCACAUCUGUUUCUAGACAUCAACAAGAAAAGUAUGUUUGUUCAUGAGUCUACAGAACAGAAAAGCAAAAAUGAAACCAUGAUUGAUUUUCUGAAGACUGCAGUGGACGAGGCGCUCAAGAGUGACAAUGGACACCUGGACCUUUUCCUUCGCUUCCUCCUCGGUCUGUCACUCCAGUCCAAUCGACGACUCUUACGGGGUCUCUUGACACAGCAAGACGGCAAUGACCAGAGCAACAAGGAAAUAGUUCAGUACAUCAAGCAGAAAUUAGAAGGUAAUCUGUCUGCAGAGAGAUCCAUCAAUCUGUUCUACUGUCUGAAUGAACUGAACGACCAAACUCUGGUGAAGGAGAUUCAGACCCACCUUAGCAAAGGAAGUCUCUCAUCUGGUGACCUUUCACCUGCCCAGUGGUCUGCUUUGGUCUUUGUGUUGUUGACAUCAGAGGAAGAGCUAGAGGAGUUUGAGCUUCAGAAAUUCAAGAAAUCAGACGAGUGUCUCAUUAGAUUAUCGGCAGUCAUCAAAACCUCCAGAAGAGCUCUGUUAAAUGACUGUAACUUAACAGACAAAAGCUGUUCAGCUCUGGCUGCAGUUCUUGGAGCAGAUACUAAUCUGAAAGAGCUGAACAUGAACAAUAAUAAUCUGCAGGAUUUAGGAUUGAAGCUGCUCUGCACUGGACUGAAGAAUAUAAACUGUAAAUUGGAGAUACUGAGACUCUCUAACUGCAGUGUAACAGAAGAAGGUUAUAAAGCUCUGGCUUCAGCUCUGAGAUCAAACCCUUCACACCUGAUAGAGCUGGAUCUCACAGGAAAUGAUCCUGGACAAUCAGGAGUGAAGGAGCUCAGUGAUUUACUACAGGAUCCAAACUGUCAACUGAAGACACUGAGCACAGUUGAGAACACUUAG